UAGCAAUACUACCAAUAUUCCUAAAAGUACAAGUUGAAAUGCACUUAACCUGUAUUUUACUAUCGAAUUAUUUUAAGAGAAAAUUAAUUGAUCGAUAAAUAUUUUAUCUUAUCUUAUGUAGCAAUUUCUAAAAGCGCAAUCAAAAUUGCGCAGUAUUUAUAUUAACUUGCAACUUUAAGUGUAUUAAAUUUCGUUUGCAAUGUUAAUUUCGAGGUUAUUGGCACAAGUUCAUAAGAAAUUGUUUUAUGUUCAGAACAGAACAAAAAGAGGUGUACAAUCUGCUAAAGAUAUAAUUUUGAGUAUCGGAAUUAUUAUUAUUAGUGGAUGUCUUAUUAUUUGGUUGUCCGUGUUUCUUUAUACAGCAUUUUAUUAUGCUUAUGUACCAAGUAUUUCAUACGUACGACCAGUACAUUUGCAAUUCAAAUCAUGUAAUGAACAAAAAGGAAUUUGUAGCUUUCCAUAUGCAUAUGUGCAGUUAACAAAUAAACAACAACUUUUAAUGGUCGGUCAGCCAUAUAAAGUUAAUUUGCAUUUAGAAAUGCCAGAAUCACCAGCCAAUAAAGAACUUGGUAUGUUCAUGGUUUGUGCUCAAUUACGCAGCAGAGAUGGUUUCCUUGUAGAACAUUCAUGUAGAUCUACCAUGUUACAUUAUCGUAGUACCUUAUUACAUGCACUUACAACAUUUACAUUUUCACCUAUGAUGAUUUUUGGCACUACAGAAGAAAAACAAAAUAUAGUUCUUGAACUAUUUGAUAAUUUUGAAGAAGAUCAAAGUCAUCCAGUUACAAUCAUUUAUAUUGAAAUACAAUCAAGACAUAUUGAAUUCUAUUCUGCAAGCAUUAUGAUAAAUGCUCAUUUAUCGGGUCUACGCUAUUUAAUGUUUCAUUGGCCAAUUUUAUCUGCUAUUCUUGGUGUUAGUACAAAUUUGUUUUUCAUAGCAAUUGUAUGUGCUUUUUCCUAUUUUCAUUUUACAAUUUAUGAUGAUUCUGGAGAUGAUGGUUUCAAUUACGAAGAAGAUAAAAAUGAAGAAGAAAAACAGGAAUAUAAGAAAGAAUUGGACAUUGAAGAAAAAGAAAAACAUAAAGCUACAAAUGAUCAUUCAUCAGACUCAUCAUCAUCAGAAGAUCCUUUUAUAUUGCCACAUCUUAUAAAGUCUGAACAAGAAUCUCAUUCUUCUCACAUUGAAUUAAUAAAAAAUUAAUUUAUAUAUUUCAUAAUAUGAAAUACUUUAGAAUUAAUAACAUGUACAAAUGUAGAAUAUUAGAAUAUUAUAUAAAUGUGAGUAAAUAUAUAUUAUAA